UCCCUUCUCUUCUUUCUCUGUCAGACCAAGGCUCAUUUCUUCGGUUGAAGGUAUGGCACUGAGAAGACUUCUGCUCCUUUUGGCAGGUUUGGCCCAAAUCUGUGGAACUUGUCAUUUAAGUUCCCGGGGAAAGAGUUUUGUUACUGCCUUCAUGCAAAAUCACAAGUCUGGGCAAGCUACUCAAAAGCUUGAGCUGUACAUCUCUGGAUAUAAUUUUGUGACAAAUAUUACGGUGUCAACAAACAAUACAAUACUGCACAAAACCAUAAAUGAAGGAGAAGUCAUUUCCAUUCCAUUACCACAAUCCUUAGAAAUGGUGGGGAGCAACAAAUUUAAUAAGGCGGUGCUGAUCGAAGCUGACCAAGACAUUUCUGUCAUCUCCUACAACUACGUGCUUGCUACAAGUGGGGGAACAAUCACCUAUCCCAUCCACCAGCUGGGACAGUUAUAUUAUGUGGUCACUCCCAUAGGAAAUAGCGCAAAAGAAUUUGCUAUCAUAGCCCAUGAGGUUCUCACAAAAGUGACCAUCCACCUGAAAGGCACUGUGACAUACAAAAGCAAGGUUUAUGGCCCUGGGUCCAUCUUGAUGACUGACCUCAAGGCCUUUGAAGCAAUUCAGCUGCAAAGCACAGAAGAUUUAUCAGGCACCAGGAUCGAAUCGACUAAACCUGUGGCUGUCUUGAGUGGACAUAUCUGUGCUAAAAAGUUCACGUCCUGUGAUCAUGUUGUUGAGCAGCUCCUGCCAAUUCAGAGCUGGGGAACCACCUUCAUCGUCCCUCCUCUUUCUUUCCAGACAAAAUUUGAUAUUGCGUAUAUUGUUUCUGCAGAGAACACUUUACUCAAAUAUCAAUCCAGCUCCAAGAACGAAUCUCGUACUCUGGUGGCUGGAGAAGUGGUUCAACUUGAGAUCCCGGCCUCUCAACCACUUUUUAUCUCUGCUGAUGCUAGAAUCCAAGUUGUGUUUUUUUUCACUGGUGCCGAAAGAGGAGUCCAUUCCUAUGACCCAUUCCUCAUGAACAUCCCUGCCAUAACAUGCUAUUGCAAUUCAUACCGCAUUUAUGGAAUGAAGAACUUCACAAAUCAUGCCAUGAUUAUAGCCAAAUCCUCAGAAUCUGGUAGGAUCACAAUGGAAGGCAGGACGAUCCGGUGGACACAGAUCCCAGGGACCAAAUAUUCAUGGGCUGAAGAAGAUGUGGAGAUAACAGAUCGUGCCCUGUCAGUGGAACACGAAAACUCUUCAUUUGGACUUUUUGUCUUUGGAGUUGUUCACAAUGAUGGCUACGGCACUGCUGCUCUUUGUUCUUCGGUUCCAAGCUGCCCAGUCAAUAGCCACUACCGGGUCUGUGCCAACCUGUGCCCCACUAGUUGUGCCAAAAUCAAUAACCCUGAUCCAUGCCCGGACACCUGUGCAAAAGGAUGCCAGUGCGAUGCUGGUUUCUUCUUUGAUGGCCUUUCCUGUGUUUCUGUGGAAACCUGUGGCUGUUCCCAAGAUGGACACGACUAUAAGCCCCAUGAGACUGUUCUGCUGAAUACCUGCCAGGAAAAAUGUACUUGUGUCCCUGGUAAAGGACUCCUAUGUGAGGCUCAUUCUUGUGCUGCUGAUGAAACCUGCCGCCUUCAAGAAGGAGUCCUGACCUGUGUUAAGGUCCCAAUAUCCUGCCCUGAGAACAGCCACUAUGAAGCCUGUGGAAAUGCCUGUCCAGCCACCUGCUCUGACCGUUCUGCUCCCAGCACCUGUAACAACACCUGUGCGCAAAUCUGCCAGUGUGACGAAGGCUUUGUCCGCAGCGGUGAGAAGUGCGUUCCGGUAGACACCUGCAAUUGCAUUUACCAAGGCGUGACCUAUAAGGCAGGGGAAGAGUUCUGGGGAGAUGAAGACUGCCAGAGUCAUUGCAAGUGUGAUGCCAAAUUAGGCAAGGCUGUAUGCCGAAAGUCUUCUUGCAAGGGCAAGAGAAAAUGCAGCGUGGUCAAUGGUGUCCGGGGAUGCCAUGCUGUCAGUUACAAGACCUGCACAGGAACCGGAGACCCUCACUAUACAACCUUUGAUGGGAAGAAAUACGAUUUCAUGGGAACCUGCAUUUACCAAAUGGCCGGGCUCUGCUCCCAGGAUCCUUCUCUGACCCCGUUUUUGGUCACCGUGGAGAAUAACCACCGAGGCAAGAAGGCAGUGUCCUUCACCAAAGUGGUGACCCUGGAAAUCUACAACUUUACCAUCAGUAUGAGCCAAGAGUUUCCCAAAAAGAUCCAGGUCAAUGGCAUCUUUGUGGAACUGCCCUUCUCCUAUGAAAAUAAACUGAGCAUCUACCAGAGUGGAGUUCACGGCUUCAUCAAGACAGACUUUGAUCUGCGUGUCAGCUUUAACUGGUACAGCUAUGCCAGGGUCAUCGUUCCCGACUCUUAUGCCAAUGCACUCUGUGGCCUAUGUGGUAAUGCCAAUGAAGAUAAAACUGAUGACUUUCUCAUGAAAGAUGGAACCCAAGCAGAGGAUGAAAUUCAAUUUGCAAACAGCUGGAAGGUGAAAGAUAUUCCUGGCUGCUCUUCUGGAUGCACCAAAAAUUGCCCAGUGUGCAGUGAUGCUGAUAAACAAACCUACCAAGGUCCAUCCUACUGUGGGAUUCUUACAAGAAAGAGUGGGCCUUUCAGGCAAUGCCAUGAUGCCAUUGAUCCUCAGUCCUAUCUUGAUGAUUGUGUCUAUGAUACCUGCGCAUAUCAAGGUCACCAUGAGGCCCUCUGUAUUGCUAUCAGCUCCUACGUGACAGCAUGUCAAGCUCAAGGCAUCCAAGUUGAGGAGUGGAGAUCACCAUCCUUCUGCAGUAUGUCUUGCCCACCUAACACCCACUAUGAGCUCUGUGGUAGUGGUUGUCCAGCCACAUGCAAGAGCCUCAUCUCACCGCAGAAGUGUGAUGUUCCAUGCCUGGAAGGAUGUUUUUGUGACUCUGGAUUUAUCCGCAGUGGGGAUCAGUGUGUUUCAAAAGCAAACUGUGGCUGUUUUGACCAAGGCCGAUACUACAAACUAGGAGAAGAGUUUUAUCCCACCACUUCCUGUGAGAAAAAGUGCAUCUGCAAGGAUAACGCAACCAUAGAAUGUCAAAAGUUCUCUUGUGGAGAAAAUGAGGUUUGCAAGAUUGUAAAGGGCGUUCAAGGCUGCCAUCCCUUAGGCUAUGGAAAGGCCAUUGUAUUGGGUGACCCUCAUUUAAUUUCCUUUGAUGGAAGGCAUUUUGAACUCUACGGCUCCUGUACUUACACCAUAGCUCAAGUCUGCCAGCACAAUCCUCAGCUCCAGAAUUUCACUCUGUGGGUAGAGAAUGAGAAGCUUGGUGAUGGUCCUUUAAUUCUAAUCCGGAAUCUGAAGCUCUUAAUUCAUGGUUCCACAAUCACCCUUCAGAGGGGACUAAAGUGGCAGGCUACGGUGGAUGGACAGUUGUAUACCCUGCCAAUGAAUGCAGCUGAUGGGAAAUUCUGGAUCACCCAAGAAGGGAACACCAUCAUUAUCUCUACCAGCUUUGGCCUCACAGUCCUAUAUGCUACUUCUUCAUAUAUUGAGGUUUCUGUGCCCAGUACUUACGUAGAUCGUAUGUGUGGCCUAGCUGGAAACUUCAAUGGGGAUCCAAAGGAUGACUUCAUGCUACCUAAUGGAAAACUCACUGAAAAUGUGGAAGAAUUUGUGGCUUCUUGGAAGGUUCCAGUGAAUGGUGUAAUUUGUUCUGAUGGCUGUGGGGACAGAUGUCCAGUCUGCAACGAAGCCCAGAAAACAAAAUAUGAAGCUGAGAACUUCUGUGGAAUGAUCCCAUCCAAGACAGGUCCAUUCAUAGGCUGCCAUUCACUGGUGGACCCUGUAGAAUAUUUUGAACACUGUUUGAAUGAGGCCUGCACAAGCAAUGAGGUUCAAGAGUCCCUUUGUCGAAGUCUUCAAGCCUAUGUAGCUGCUUGCCAGGCAUCUGGUGGCAACAUUAGAGCCUGGAGAAGCUCUUCCUUCUGCCCUCUCACCUGUCCGGCCCACAGCCACUAUGAGCCAUGUACCAGAACUUGUGAUUCCACCUGCGCCGCCUUGUCUAGUCCAAGUCAGUGUUCAGAGAACUGCUUUGAAGGCUGUCAGUGUGAUGAGGACUAUGUCUUUGAUGGAUCUCAAUGUGUAACCAUGAAGCAAUGUGGCUGCACUUAUCGCGGAGCCUACCUCAAGAUUGGCGAGCACAUUUACUCGAAAGGCUGCACAAAAAAAUGCACCUGCCAGUCAGCAGGCCACCUCCAGUGCAACGAAAGCAGCUGCCAGCUUGGAGAGACCUGUGCCCUUCGGGAAGGAGUGCAUGGCUGCGUGACGCUGGAAACUCAAUGCCAACUCACUGCCCAAGCACAUUUCACUUCUUUCAAUGGUGCCACGGGGAGAUAUUCCUGCAGUGGAGUCUACGAAAUAGCUUCUCUUUGUGACCAGAACUCUGCCUCCUGGUUCAGGCUGUUAGUGAGCGUUGGAAAAGUGUAUACGAAGGAGAUGGUUGUUGGAAAAUCUGUCUUCUUUUACUUUCGAGGUGGCUUCAUUCAGAUAAAAAACCGAGAAAGGUUUUGGGUAAACGGUCAGAAUAUAAAGCUGCCAUAUGAGAACAGCCCUGUGUCCAUGAGGAAAAUUGAAGAUAAAAUUGUUAUUGACCAUGAUUCUGAAGUGCAAGUUUAUCUCCAUCCUGAUGGGAUGGUGACAAUGGCAGCCAAGGAGAGCCUCAGAGGGAAGCUGUGUGCCGCCUGUGGAAACUUCAACAAGGACCAUUUGGAUGACUUGAAGCUGGCCAGUGGAGAGAGAACAAAUAAUUUUGAUGAAGUACUCAAGUCCUGGGAGGCGGAAGAUUUUCUUGAAAAUUGAUUCUAGACUGUUCCAUCUUUACUUGCGAUCUGAUGUAACAAACUACAGCAAAGCACAAGGGAAGCCCAACAUUUUGUCUAGCGUAUGGUCAAAUACUUGUUUAGGAAAAACCGCAUUCUUGAUAUCGCAGAGUUUCAUCUUCUCUGAUCUAGGUAUAUCAGACCAGGAAAUCACAAGAAAGCUGAAACCACUAUUAUUGAGAAUGGCUAUAGUAGUAGAAUCUUGCAAACCUGACUCUGUUCUACAUCCUCCCUAUACUCCAGAGAAUUAGAGAGACGUCUGCCUGAGAUACUUUAGAAUAUAAUCUUCCUGCUCAGGACUUCAUCUCCUUUUCCGUAGAUUAACAAUUCCAUAUAUCUCUGUCAAGAUUAUCUUCUUUGCUCUCCACAUCAUGCGCCUUAGCUCCAAGAAUGCAUUUGUUUAUGGUUGAAUAUAUUGUGCAAAUACAGAAAAUGAAAUAAUCCAGUAAAGAAGUUAAAUGUUU